AUGAAAGAAAAAGAAUCUGAUAGUUUAUUUCCUGGUGAUAAAGAUGUGAGUAGUUUAAAACAAUACUUUGAAGGUGGUGAUAUAAAAUUUGAGAAUGCUGAAUUAAAAAAAGAAAGAGAAGAAAUUCGUAAGAAUAAAGUUUUUAUAGAGUGUGUAAAGAAUAUUUGGAUGAAUAUUUUAAAUAAAAAGAUGGAUGAUAAAUUUAGUAAAGUCGAAUAUUUUAAAAUAAUGUUAAGAAUAUGUAAAGUUUUAAUUCCUCAAUUUGAUAUAAAAGAAAUAAUAAAAAUUGUAAAUGAUGAAUGGAAUAAUGAUUCUGAAGGAAAAAAAUAUUUAAAUUUUUCUUCUUUUUUUAAUGCUUUCUUUGAAUUAUCAGAUAUAUGGACACCUACAAUAAAUGCUUAUGAUUAUGCUCAUUUUUUAAAAUCUUUAUUUUAUAGAAUAACAUUUAUAGAAAUUAAAACUAAAGAUGGACAAAUAAUAAAAAAGAAACCAAUGAUAAGAAUAAAUUUUAAAAGAACUGCUGAAGAAAAAAAAAAACUAUCUCUUUAUAAUGAUACAUAUAAUAUUCAAAAAGAUAUAAUAAAUGAAAACAAUAAAAAUGCAUUAAAAAAUAUGAAAUCAUUAAAAAGAAAUUCUAUGAUAAUCGAUAAUUUUAAAAAAAAACAUUUUAUAAAAAGAUUCAGUGAGAAUUAUAAAUUAACACACUCAUUUUUAUAUGACAUGGAUGAUAAUGAUGAUGAUAAUAAUUCUUUAAUAGAUAAAAAUCUUUUUGAAAAUCUAUUAAACAAUAAACAAAAUAAUAAUUAUCUGCAAAGAAAUAUUAUACUUAUGGAUGUUAAUGAUAUAAAUCCUUUAGAAUAUCUUGAUGAAAAAAAAGAAACUACAAAUAAGAAUAAAUGUCAUAUGGGAAAUGAAGACAAGAACAAAUAUGGAAUACCUCACGGUAUAGAAUAUCAUGAUAAGAGAAAAGAAAGCUCCAUUCUUAUAGAUAAUAAAAAGUAUAAAGGAAAAAACAAAAAAAAACUUUUAGAAUUACAAGAUUCUAAUAUAAGUGGAAAUACAUUAAUAUCUAAAAGAUACACUUAUACAUCUGGUAUUAAUAAAGAAACUAAAGAAACAGAUGCAAAGAACAAAAGAAGAAACACAGAUGCUUCUUCUUUGUCUAUUGUGAGUCAUGUAGAGACAAAUGAGGAAAAAAAAAAACAAAAAAAAAAAGAAAAAGAAAAAGAAAAAGAAAAAAGUGUGAAAAAAAAUGUUGAAAAUGAUGAAAAUAAUAAAAAUAAUAAAAAUGAUAAGAAAGAAGAGAAUGCUUUAUUAAAAAGUUUAAUAAUAAUUGAUGGAAUUAAUUUUGAUGAUGUUACUAAGGAGUGUAAAAUAAUUGAUGAUAAUAAUAAUAAUGAUAAUAUUAUUAAUGUGGAUAAUAAUUUGAAGGAAGACAAAUCGUAUGAGUUAUUCUCAUCUGAAGGGAAGAAUCUAAUGCUAGGUUUAAAUGAAGGAGAAGAAUUCAAUGAAGAUGCUUAUGAAAAUAUAGAAAAAGAAUUACAAGAAAGAAAAGAUAUAAAAAACAAAUAUGAUAAAAUAAAAAACAAUAAUAAUAAUAAUAAUAAUAAUAAUGAAGAACUAGUUGAGGAUUCAAAUAUAAAGAUUAAUAAAUUUCAAAGUAAUAAUAAUAAAGAUAUUAAGAACAAAAAAGAGUUCAAUAAAAUAACAAAAAAGAGGACCUUAAAUGAAGAAGAAAUCUCAAAAGAUAUUAAAGGUACUUCUAGAAAGGAUAAAGAAGUAAUAAAAAAAUUAUAUUCAACAGAAGAAAAUGAAUAUAGUACUUUAAAAAAAGAAUUAGAAAUAAUAACAAACAAUAAAAAUAAUAAAGUAGAUCUAAAAGAAAAAGAUAUUCAUCGAUCUGAUGAUGAUGAAUAUAUUAAUGUUUUGAAAGAAAAUUUACAAAAGGAUGUGAAUGACGAUAAAAUAUAUGACGAUAAAAAAUAUGACGAUAAAAAAUAUGACGAUAAAAAAUAUGACGAUAAAAAAUAUGACGAUAAACAAUAUGACGAUAAAAAAUAUGAAAAUAAAAAAUAUGAAGAUAAUCAUAACAAAUCAAAGGAAAUACUUAAGAGCAAAAAUUAUCUAGAAAAUGAAAAAAGGACUCUAGAAGAAUUGAAAUUAAAAGGUAUAAAUAAUAUAUUUAAGAAAGAUGAAAAAUAUAAUUCUUUAGGAGAAUUAAUUAUAAAUGACAUGCAAAUGAAUGAAGAAAAUAAAAAUAACGACAUAGAAGAUAUAAAUAUAUUAAAACAAAAAAUAAGAAAAAGUUGUGAAAGUGUAAAUGAUACCUUCAAAAUAAAAGAUAUAUUAUUUAAUGAUAAUCUAGAAAAAGAAAAGAGAGAAAAAAAAAGUCAACAGUUGAUAGAUAAUUUGUUGAAGGAGAAGAAAAAUGAAAUAUCUGAAAAGAUGGACAAAUUAUUUGAUGACAAUUUAAAUAAUAUAUGUGAUGAUAAUACAAAAAAUAUAUUUGAUAAUCAUAUCAAAAAAAUAAAUGAUCACGAAUUUACGGGUGAUAUAUCAAAAAUAGAAGAGGAUAAUAAUAUCCUUAAAAAUGAAAUCAUUAAAUCAACUGAUGACAUCAUACAAGUUGAAGAAAAUAAAGAAUCGAUAGAAAAAAACGAACUAAUGAUUUCCUUAAAUAAAAAUAUGAACAACACAUAUAACAUGUAUAAAGAAAAUAUAGAUAUUUUUAUUAAUAAAAUUAAAAGAGAAAGUCUUUUAAAAAUAGAUAAGAAUAAAAAUAAAGAGACAGAUAAUAAUUUAGAACAACAAGAUGAUAAUAUAGAUAAAUAUAUAUUAGAAGAUUUUUAUGAAAAUGAUUAUAUAAUUAAUAAUAAAAUUGAAGUAACAAAUAAAGAAUUAGAUCCUCAUGAAAUAGAUACACAAAAGGAGUUUAUAGAAAAUCUAGAUAUUAAAAAGAAAAAAUAUUCAAAUGAUCAUUUCUUUAAUGAUGCUGAUAAAAUGUUUUAUGAAAUGAAUAAAAUAUUAAAUAAGGAUAUAAAAAAAAAUCAAACACAAGAAAUUUUAAAAACCGAUGGAAAGCUUGUGUCUUUACAACUAGACAAUAUAAAAAAGAAUAACAAGGGAGAAGAGAAACAUCAUAAAGAUAAUGAAGAAGAAAAUAAUAUAUUGUAUGAAAAGAAUGAAGAAGAAAAUAAUAUAUUAUAUGAAAAGAAUGAAGAAGAAAAUAAUAUAUUAUAUGAUAAGAAUGAAGAAGAGAAUAAUAUAUUAUAUGAAAAGAAUGAAGAAGAAAAUAAUAUAUUAUAUGAUGAGAAUAAAGAAGAGAAUAAUAUAUUAUAUGAUGAGAAUAAAGAAGAGAAUAAUAUAUUAUAUGAUGAGAAUGAAGUUUACAGCGUGUUAUAUUCUGAUCAUAUAAUAGAAAAAGACAUAAAUGGAAUAAAUGACAUUAAAAAGUAUAUAAGUGAUAAAAAGAAGAUUGAAUCAAUACAUGAAGAGAACAACAAAGGAGUUUAUAAAAAGAGAGAUGAGGAUAUGAUGAAUGAAAAUAAUAUGGAAAAUAAAAGUAAUAUGAUGAAUGAAAAUAAUAUGGAAAUUAAAAGUAAUAUGAUGAAUGAUAAUUAUGUGAAUGAUUCAAAUUAUGUGAAUGAUUCAAAUUAUGUGAAUGAUUCAAAUUAUGUGAAUGAUUCAAAUUAUGUGAAUGAUUCAAAUUAUGAGAAUGAUUCAAAUUAUGUGAAUGAUUCAAAUUAUGUGAAAGAUUCAGAUUAUAUACAGAUUCAAUAUAAUUUAAAAAAUGAAUUUCAUUCUGAGGAUAAUAAAAUCGAUAAGAUAAACAAUAAAGAUAUAAUUAAUGACGCAUUAAAAAGUAACGAUAAAUCUAACAAUAUGAUAAAUACAAAAGAAAAAAAAAAUAUAAAACAUUUCAAUUGUGUAGACAAAUCUAAUGAUGUAUGUCUUGAUUUUAAUAAAGAAGAAAAGAUUAAUAUAUAUAAUAAAAAAAUAAAUGAGGAUAGAAAAGAUUGUUGUGAUGAAGGUACAUUAAAAUAUUUACCUGUAGAUGAUAUAAAAAAAAUGAGAAGUUUUAUAAAAAUAAAUAGAAAAAGCAAAAGAGAGAAUUUCUUAAUCAUAUCAAAUAUGAAUGAAAGAAUAGAAUUUUUAAUAAAAAAAUUAAAAGUAGAAAUUAUAGAACCUUCAAUAAUAUUAAAUAAAAAUAUAUAUAUAGAAAAACAAUUUUUAUCACCUCUAGGCAAAUAUAUAAAUGAUAAUUUAAAAGAUGGAAAAUCUAUAUCAUCAAAAAUUUUAAUUGAUUUAAUGUUAGAAUAUAUUAAUACUAUAAUAUCAAAAAAUAAUGGAUAUGUAUUAUAUUUUAAUAAUUAUAAUUUUUUACAACAUCUAGAUUAUUUUCUUCAUAAAUUAAAAGGAUUAUCUAAAAUCAAUUAUAUUAAUUAUGUAAAUUUCUUAAAUAUAAAUUUUUUAAAAAAUGUAAAUGAUAAUAAGAAAGUAAAUAUAAAUGAAUAUUUAUUGGAUGAUCAAAAAGUAAUAGUGUCAAAUCCUUUUAAGGGGAUGUUCCCAAAAUUUUGUAUCAUCUUAAAAAGACACAACAUUUUCAACUUUCAUAGUGAUACACAUUUUAAUAUCCAAAAUAUUUAUCAACGCAUACUUUCAAAAUUUAAUGAUAUACAUAUAGAGUCAUUCAAAAAUAUAAAUGAAGACGUUGAAGAAAAAAAGGGGGAUCUUUUUGAAAGUGAUAAAAAAUAUAAAACUAUAAAAGAAGAUAAAGAAGAAAAUGAUAAUCGGAGUGUCUGUUCUGAUGAAUAUUAUUUGAGCAUUGACAGUGAAGAGAAAUAUAACUAUGACGAAGAAGAUGAAGGUGAAGAAGAAGAUGAAGAAGAAGAAGAAGAUGAAGAAGAAGAUGAAGAAGAUGAAGAAGAAGAUGAAGAAGAUGAAGAAGAAGAUGAGGAUGACGAAGAAGAUGAAGAAGAUGAAGAAGAAGAAGUUGAGGAUGACGAAGAAGAUGAAGAAGAAGUUGAGGAUGACGAAGAAGAUGAAGAAGAAGAAGAACAUGACGAUGAUAAAAGUGAUGACCAUAACAACGACGAACGACAUGAUAACCAUUCCAAUAAAAGAAGUGACGAAAAAACUCAGAAUGUUUCAAAUAAUAUAAACACAAGUAUCAUCCAACAAAUAAACAACAAUGACAACUCCAAUACUAAAGAUAAGAAUAAACAUGUGGAUGAAUCUUAUUACCAUUUAAUGAAUAAAGAAAUAAAUUUUAUUUAUAAAUGCACAACUCCAGAUAUAUAUUAUAAAAAUUAUUAUAAUAAUUUAAAAAAAUAUUGUGGUGAUAUACAACAUGAAAAGGAUAUGUCAGUGUUAAUAAAACAUUUAAGCGUUUUAUUAAAAGAUGAAAAGGAGAAUAUAAAAAGUAAUGAAGAAGGAGAAGAAUGUAUAGACAAUAUAUUGAUAGAUAGAAGCAUGAAAUCAAAAAUAGAAUAUAUAGAAAGUGAUGAAAAAGAUCAUUUGAAUAAUAUAGAAUAUAUUGAAAAUCUUGUAGAAUAUUUAAGACCUAAAUAUAAUAUAGAAAUGAUACCUAUUGAUAUUGUUGGGGGUAGUAGAUUAUAUAAAUUAUUUUAUAUUAAUAUGAUAAAAAAUAAUUACUCUUAUUAUUUAAAAAAUAAUUUCUUCCCUUAUAAAUAUAAAAGAGGGAAACCAAAAAAAGGAAUAUUGAUGAUAAAUAUAAAGAAAAGGAAGGCAUAUGACAAUUUUAUGAAUCAUAAAUAUAGUGAUGAGAUAAAAGAAAAUAAUAAGAAAGAAAAAAAUAAUUACAUAAAUAAUAUAAAUAAUAUACAUAAUAAUAAUAUACAUAAUAAUAAUAAUAAUAUUGGUGCUCCAUAUAAUAGGAUGCAAAAUCAUAUCAAUCCAAAUAACUUAUAUGAAAUAAGAAAUAAUAAUUUUAAUUUAUAUCAUAGAUAUUGGAGUUUAUUUUAUAAAUAUUGUCCUGUAUCUUAUAUAAAUGAUAAUAAAAUUAUAGAAGGGAAGAAAAAGUUCUGUGCUAUUUAUAAAAAUAAAAUAUAUAUGUUAUACAGUUAUGAUUAUAUGAUUGAAUUUUUAAAACAUCCUAAAUUUUAUGCAAGCAAAAAAGUUAAAGAAUCUGUUUGUUUUAAUGUGGUAAUGUAUUUUCAUAAUAUGGAUAUUCAAAAAAAAAUAAUUCAUUUGUUAGAAACAUAUGAAAAAAUGAUACAUAUAGAUAUACAAAAAUAUUUCGAGCAGUAUUUUUUUUUAUCACACCAAAACAAACACAAUGAAGAAAAUAAAAACAAUAUUAAAAAUAAUAAUAAUAAUAAUAAUAAUAAUAAUGAGGAUGACGAUGAAGACAAACAUCAAAUAGAGGAUGCAUACAUUUUUGAAAUACAUCGUAUUAUUGAAGGGAAAUCUAUAUCUCCUCUUUUUAUUGUUAGAUAUAUAUGUAUACAAAUGAAUCAAAUACAUCAAUUUAAUAUAUAUAUAAUAAAAGAAAUUAUGAAAUCUAUUAUAGAACUUAAACAGAAUUAUAAUAAACUCAUUUUUAAAAAAGAUAUAUUAAUAGAUCAAUAUGAAAGUCAAAAUGAAAAAAAAAUAAAAAUGAAAAAAAAAAAGAAGAAAAAAAAAAAAAAUAUAUCCGAACAAAAAAAAAAUAUAUUAUUUCUUUUUUCAAGCAUUAUGAAAAUAAAAUUUUUAUAUAACUUAAUAAUUAUUAAACAGAAGAAUAUAAAAAAUGUUUCUUUUAAAAAUGUGUUAGACAAGUUGUCAAAUAUAUAUAAUAUUGAGGACAUGGCUAAGGAUAUAAAUUUAUUAUUAGUCUUGAUAGAAGAUAUGUUUUUAAGAGAAAACCGAAAGUAUUUAAACGUUGUUGAAAGGAGGGAUAAUAUAUUAUUGAGGAUUAAAAAAGAUGAGAGUACAUGCCCCACAGAUCUUACUAAUAAUGAUGAUAAUAAAACGAAUUAUAAUCACAAUAAUGAUGAUAACCACAACAGUGAUGAUAAUCACAAUAAUGAUGACUGUUAUCAUUCAGAAGAACGAGAAAGCAGACAAAGAUAUGUCAUCACUGGGUUGCCAUUAAAUAGCAAAAUAUUUUUUUACUUACAAUGUAUAAAUAUUUCAAUUGAUCAUGUCAUAUCUUUUGAUAUUAUAAAAAAAGAAAAAAAAAAAAAUAAAGACGAAGAAAAUGAAGAUAAUUCAGAUGAUGAUAGUCACAGGGAUAGAUAUAGUGAUGAAAAAGAAAAAGGAGUAACAAAUAUGAAUUUGACUACAGGUUCUUCUUAUUAUUAUCAUAAUGAUGAUAAAAGAAAUGAAGAAGAUACAUAUUAUUUAUACAAACAAUAUGUGUCUUAUGAUUCAAAUAAUGAUAAUAUUUAUUAUAUGAAUAUAUUAAAAAAUUAUAAAAAAAAAUUAGGAUUUUUAAAAAAAAAAAAAAAAUUUGAUGUAAAUAUUAUAUCAUUUGAUGAAGAUGAGAAAAAAAGUAUUUAUUAUUAUUUUAAUGAAAUAAGAAAAAUUAUUAAUCCAUAUGUUCAUUCAUAUUAUAAUUAUAAUGAUAUAUUAAAUAAUCCUAUAUGUUGUAAACAAUUAAAUAAUUCACAUAUCAAUGUAUAUUGUCCUUAUGUUUUAAAAAAACAUAAUUGGUUAUAUAAAAGUAUAGAUAAUAUAAAAUUAGUUUAUGAAGAAAAAGUAUAUUAUCUAUCAAAUAUUUAUCAUGCUUUUAUUUUUAGUAAGAACAUAAAAUAUUAUCAAAAUAAUUUUCAUAUCCCACCUUUAAGAAUAUUGUUCUUAUAUGAUCUUCCAUAUAAAUUUAAUAAAGAUAUCAAAAAAAAUAUGAUUCGUAAGUUUUUUUUUAAAUAUAUUAAUCUAGAAAAAGAGUGUAUUAUAUAUAUUAAAUAUGUAUUCAUUUAUUUAUUAAAAUAUAUCUUUUUAUUUAAAAUAUAUAAAUAUAAUUACAAAAAAAAAACAAAUAUUGAUAUAAAAAAUUUCUCAAUUAAUUCUAUACCUAUAAAGACUCUCCUACAAAACAAAAAAAUAUAUUAUCUAUAUAGAGAAGAUAUAAUAUAUCUUGAAAAUAAUAUUAAUCAAAUAAAUAUAUAUGAACAAGAAAAUAAUGAGAUGAAUGAAUUUCUUAUUUACGAUUUAUUAUUUGAAAUAAUCAAACCUUUGAAUCUAUUUUUAAAUAUUAUAAAAAUAUUGACAGUCAGAUAUAUCCUACAUGAGCAUCUACAAAAUUGUAUUAUAAAAUAUGACACAUUAAAACAUAGUAUAUUUAAUAUAACAGAUGUCAACUCACUAAAAUAUGUUAUCAAAAAAUAUAAACAAAGAAAAUGUAGUAAGGAUCACACGAAUAAACAAAAAGAUUACAUAUUUAAAGGUGAUAAUAAAAAGGAAAGAAAAAAAAAAAAUUCAAUUGAUCAAGAUGAUAAUUUGAAGAACAAACAAAAUAAUAAUCAUGAAAAGGGAUAUAUAAAUACAUAUAAGACAAAUAAAAAAGAUGAAGACGAUACAAAUAUAAUUAAUUCAUAUGAUAAUGAUAUAAACAUAAAAAGUCAAAUAAAAUAUAACACAUUUGAUGAUAAUGAUGAUGAUGAUAGUAUAUAUUCAAAUGAAUAUAAUGAAUCCUCUGAUUCCAUCGAGAAUUCCUUUGCUUAUAAUAAGGAUAAUAUAAAUCCUGAACAUCUACAAAAAAUAUUCUGCAAAAAAUAUGAAAAAAUUAUUUUAAAUAGUAAAUAUAAAUUCUUAAAAAACUAUCCAUUGAAUAAUAUUCAAAAAGUUUUGAAAUAUUCUUUUAGGGUACCUGAAUAUAUAAUUCAUCUGGGAUGCACAUCUCCCAAAAAAUUAUUAGAAAGAAUAAAAAAAGUAAACAAUGUUGAAGAAAUAAAAAUCAAUGAACAUGCAAAUCAAAAGGAGACGUUCAAAAAGGAUGGAAGAAAAAAAACUAAUGAUGAUUCUUAUGUGAUGAAGAAUAACGAUGAUUAUAUAAAAAGUUCUAAUAUGGAUACAACUAAUAGACACAAUAAUGAAAAAAUAGAAAAAGAUACAUUAUUAGAUGAUAUAAAAAAGUGUUGCAUAAAAAAUAAAAGGAUUGUUGAAUAUCUUAAAAAAUAUAGUAAUAUUUGGUAUAUUAAUAUUGAAAAAUAUCAUAAUAAAAGUAUUCAAAUGUUUAUAGAAAAAAGAUUAAAUGAUAUAUUAAGAUAUAGACAAAAUUUAUAUCAUCAAUUAAAUAUGAGAGUUAUAGAUAAAAUGUGUGCUCAAUUUUUAAGAGAUAAUAAUUAUAUAAAAUUCUCAAAUUUUUAUUUCUAUAGUCCUGUUGAUAUAGAUAAUAUUAUAGAUAUAGAUACAGAGUUUUUAAUUUUAUAUAAUCGUUAUUUAUUUUAUUUCAAAACAUCUGAACAAAUCAAUGAAUUUAUAAAAAAUCCAACAUUCUAUUUAAAACAGUUAAAACCAAAUCCUUCUUUUGUUUUACCAUUUAUUUUUGUAUAUUCAAAUAUACAAAUUGAAAACUUAAAUAAGGAAUUACAAAUGAGUAUUAAAUGUGUAGUUAUUAAUAGAGAACAUUUAUUAUCAUUUGGAUAUAAAAUAAAAAAAUAUGAAAAAUAUAUACAAACAAAUAAUAUAAAUGAUAAUAUAUUAAUGCAAAUACUUCUUAUUAGAUUAAAUCAAUAUGAUGUUUUAUCACAUGGAUGUAUAUUAUAUAAUAUACCUUAUAAUAAAAAUCAAUUAUAUUUUCUUUUAUAUACCCAAAACAAGAAAUAUAUACCUCAAUUAAUAUUUAUAAUAAAACAUCAUGAAAAGAAUAAUAAUGAAAUUAUUAAUAAAGACAAUGAUAAAUGUAUAUUAAGUGAUAUGAAAAUAAAUCACCAUAUUCAUAAUAAUAUAAAAAAUAAUUAUUAUGAUGGUUCUAAUAUGUAUAUGAUUAAUGAUGAAAAAAAAAAAAAAUAUAUAAACAUAAAUAUAAAUACAAAUACAAAUACAAAUAUAAAUAUAAAUACAAUUACAAAUACAAAUAUAAAUACAAUUACAAAUACAAAUACAAAUACAAUUACAAAUACAUCUUUUAUAUUAUCAAAUAAUAAAAAUGAAGAUGAUUCCUAUUAUAAUUUAUUACAAUUUAUACCUAUUAUAGAAGAAGAAAUUGAAAAAACAAAAUAUAAGAAUAUAAUUUAUAUUGAAUACAGUAAUUCAUGGAAAUUGAAAUGUAAAAUUACUAACGAGAUUGAAGAAAAAAUAAAAUCAUAUCAAAAAUAUAAUAGAUAUAAAUAUAAUAAUAAACCAGCAUAUUUUAAAGGUUAUAAUAUAUAUGAAAAAGAAAAUUAUGAACAAGAAAUACAAUUCAACAAUUAUUGUUUAGUUACAUAUAAAAAAAAACAAAUUCUAUUAAAAUGUAAUAUAUAUGAUAAUUAUACUAUAUAUCAUAAUAAUUCAUUUUAUUUGGUUAAUACAUAUGAUGAUGUAAUUAGUUUUGAAAAAAAUCCAACUGAAUAUAUAAAUGUAGAUGAUUCAUCAUUUAAAAAAUUGGAACAAAUUAAGAACCUUGAUAGUAUUAUUAAUAAUAAUAAUAAUAAUAAUAAUAAUAUUAUACCAAUUGAAAAUGAAGGAUUUUGUUUAGUCUCAUUAAAUGAUGAAGGACAAUUUAUUAAAGGAGAUAGAAAUUAUUGUAUUAAAUAUGAUAAUAAAUAUUAUAUAUUUCAAAAUAAAGAAAAAAUGGAACAUUUUAUAAAUAAUUAUAAUGAUUAUUUAAAUAAUCAAAAUAUUUUCGAUAUCAUUCUACAACAAUUGAAAAAUAAAAAUGAUCUUAAUACAUUAAUAUAUUUAAAAACAUAUUUAUAUGAAAUUUUAUGUCAUGCAUUAUAUGAAUUAGGAAAAUAUAGACCAAUUUAUCCUGGAUUAACAAUUCAAUUAAGUGCAAUUAAAUUCUUAGCAUUAUUCUUUUUUAAAGAAAAUAAAUUAUUUUCUAUACCUCUAAGAAAAACAUACGAACAAAAUUAUCAAUCAUUCUUAACUGAUUGUGAUAUACCAAUACAUAUACAAAAAUUAAAACAAAAAUUCAAAAAUAAUUCUACAAAUAAAAAUCAAAGUAUAAACACACCUAUCAAUAAGUGGACAAAAAGGGAUAUCGAAAAUUAUCAUAAAUAUAUUAAUUUGUAUGACAAAAUUUUGUAUUCCCAAAAAAAAACACCAAAAAAAAAAAUAUAUAAUAAAUAA